AUCACACUCGAGUCGACCUUAGUCGCUGGUGCCAGUUGUGCCAAAGGUCUGCACGAAAGCAGUUGUCCAAAAGGCGGGUCUGAAACCGACGGACGUUCCACACAAAUGGGCGCCGGGGCCUCGACGCAGGACCUCCGCCAGCUCAGUGCGUCGGCGAUUGCGGCCGAGGUCGUGGGCUUGGGCUCGGCCUACGCGCCGUACGAAGCUGGCAUCCUCGCCAACGGCGUCGACGGCGACGUCGUUGCGCACUUGCAGUCGGAGCAGCUACCUAUGCUCUUUGGAACGCUCGGCGUCACCAACACGAUCCACCAGACCAAGCUCGCGUCGCUCCACAAUCAACACCGAAAGGCGCUACUCUCGCGCAGCCUUAGUAUGGCCAAUGGCAUGGAUGCAAGACUGUCCACCUCGCCACGUCAGCCCAAGGCAUUUGACGUGUUCUUAUCGCACAACUGGGGCCACGAUGAACUCGGGCGCGACAACCACGCGCGUGUCGCGACCAUCAGCGCCUUUCUUCGCCAAAACGAGAUCAAGACGUGGUUUGACCAAGACAAAAUGUCGGGCAACAUUCUGAAAGCAAUGGCCAAUGGCAUUGAAGAGAGCCAGAUUGUCCUCGUUUUUGUGACACAGUUGUACCAAAACAAGGUCAACGGCGACAACGCCAACGACAACUGCCAGCUCGAGUUUGGCAUGGCCAAGGCGACGCAAACCGCGCAGUGGAUGAUCCCCGUGAUCAUGGACCCGAGCAUGAAGGCGCCGCGCCACUGGUGCGGGCAGUUCAAGCUCGUGCUAGGCAAUCAGCUCUACGUCGACUUGACGUCGGACGAAGACGACGCGUUUCUUGCCGGGUGUCACACCCUCCUCCAACGCAUCGACGGGCUCCUCCUCAAGCUCGGGCGGCCCUCGGUCAUACCUCCGACGCACCGAAGUUCGCAAGAGACGCAAGCGCCGUCGUCGCCCCGCAACAUUGACAGCGAGAGCGAGCUCAGUGCGCUCUUUGCGUCGUGGCAGCGCGCGAUUGAAGCCCCAGAUGUGGACGCCGAGCAAGACACGGUCGCGGCCAUUGUGGACCUGCUGUCGUCGCCCGACGUGGCGUUGCCUUCCGGGGGGUUUCCGUGGUCCCUUCUCGUGCACGGCUUUACCGCGCCAUCCAUUGGGCUCCAAGACGAUGCCUGUGCAAUGGGCGUGCUGCUCCUCGAUCGGCUUCCGACGACCGCCGAGUCGCUGCUGUCGUUUCCAACCGUGCUGCCCUUUCUUCUUGAUGCUGUGACGCGCACCCAAGGGGAUAUUCCCCCCAACGCCGUCGUGCUGCUGUGCAAUCUCAGCAGCGUCGAGACGGCGGCACCCACGCUCUUGUCGUCGCCUCUCAUCGAGCGUCUCUUGGCAAAUACAACGACCAAGACCGACGACAACUGGCUGCCGCGGCUCGAAACCGUAGCAAACCUCGCCGGCUACGACGCCGCCAAGGACGCGCUUUUGCCUUACUACGCACAUCUUGUCGCCAUCAUGGCGCAUGUGCCAAGCGUCGCGUGGUGCGUCUUGCGCAUCUGCUUGCACGUGGCGGGCCACGAAGCAAGUGCUGCGUGCCUUCUCGAGGCCAACUUGCUGGAAACGAUGCUCGCGUUAUUGCCGCGCCCCGAUGAAAUGGUGCUCAAAGUGGUGCGCCACCUCGUGCAGCAUCCGCUGGCCGCGUCGCGCGUCGGGUCGUCGACGCUCUGGGGGAGCUACCUCCUGCAGCAAACCGAGGAAGGAACGUUUGAAGCGCUGUGCCACCACACGAUCGCGGGUCUGAGCGUCGAGAGCCAGACCAUGCAAGCCCUCUUGCCGCACGCCCACGCGUGGCUUCCAAUCUGGGCAGCCGCCAUCGCCAAGGGGUCGUCGACAGUGACGACGAUCGUGUGCAACCUCUCGCUGCUUUCCGAGUGGGCGCCGCUCCUCAGCGCACACGCCGCGCUCCUCAACGCACUCGGACAGAGUGUCCACGAUGCAAGCAACCUCGGCGCGGCUAAGAGCUUGGCCAACUUGUCUACGUGGGCCAAAGAGAGCCAUUUUGACGCCCCUGCACUCCAAGCGGUGCUUCAAGCGCACGCCGAGACGUGGGCGACCUUGGCGUCGACCAGCGACAGCGAAAUGCAGGAGAUCGCCAAACAAAUCCUGCACAUGGGGCAGGCCGAUGCGUAGACUCGAUGGUCGUUCAUUGAUCGUGUUCCGCUAUCUUAACUCUAUUCUAAUGCGUUUGAUUCAA